CUAUUCUAAAAACACUGUAUCGUACUGUAUCAUAAUAAUUAAAAACGUUUGUUAUUAGUAUUGGUAGGUAGGUAGUUGGGUAACGAUAAUAAUAAGACAAAUUAUGUGAAACUUCAAUAUUGUUAUGAUGCACAGGUAUAUAGGUAUUUACAACAUUUUAUUAAAGUACCUUGCCACCUCUUAUACAAUGAUUUAUAAAGUGUAACAUUAGUUUGUAAUCAGUAUGUAAUAAUUUAGUUGAUCAUUGAAUUAAACACUUUAAUAAUGUUGAAUCCUAGGGAUAUUUUUUAUAGAUUAAAAAGAAGCUUGGAAAAAAUUAAAAUGUAAGUUGAGUUUCAUUUACAUAUUUCAAGUUAUUAUAGUAAUUUUAGGAAUUUUGGUCAACGAAACAUAAAUAUUAAACAUUACAGAUCAAAGAAAAUUGGAAUUGUAUUUACUUUAUUACUUACUUUGAUGUAUUAUCUAAGCCCAUACCUAAAAUUAUCUGGCAAUCCAAGUCUGGAAUAUGGUAUGUAUGUUUGUUUUCUUCAAAAUGUAUUAAUUGAUGUUAUAAAUCUAAUGAAAUUUAAUUGUGAGAACUACUAGGCACCUCUUGUAGCUUUUUUGUUUGGCCUUUAUAGUUUAAUUUAAAUAUUAAAAUUAUUUUUGUUAUUUACAACCUGUUAUAUUUUUUUUAUGGAAAUAUUCAAAUUUAACAACUAUACCUUAAAUAUAGAUAAUUUUCUCAUAUAUCUGAUAUUAAAUAAUUAGUGUAAUAGUGUACAGUCAAUGUUUAUACAUAUUAAAAAGUCAUUAACAUUCUAAUCUCACAUGUUUCUCUAAAAUAAUAAUAAUAACUUGAAUAAAUUAUCUUUUAAAAAAUUAUGACAGAUAGGUGUACAUGGAUUUUGUACCUACCUUAUAGAAACCUAAUAUUUUUUAUAAGUUAACACAAGUACCUACUAAAAAUAAUAAUUGAAGCUUUUUAUUGAUCAUAUUGUAUUUUUUUUAAAUGUAUAGAUGAACUGUUUAUGAAAAAUGAUCUGUUUGAAAAGUUAACCAUUCAUAAAGAAGCUUAUAAUGUAUUUGAUGCAAACAUCAAGCAUGAACCACUGGAUAUCAAUGAGAAACCUUAUAAAGAAUUUGUUGGAAAUGGUUACAUCGGUGUCACACUUGAUUAUGACUCUCCAAUAUACAUUAAAGAUGAGAGAUCUUUGUCUAUACCUGUUUAUUGGCACCCAAUAAUCAAAUUGAAUAUUGAAGCACCGUCACAGUUGGCUACUGUUGUCAACUAUAAAAAUGGUAUAGCAUAUCGAUAUGAAUGUUUUGCCAACAAACUUCAAAGCAAUAUUAAAUAUUAUGCUUACCGAGCUUUACCAUCAAUUCUUGUUCAGGAUAUAGAACUCAUGAAUCCAUCAGAUUUUAUAUUAUUUGUUAAAUUGAAUCAACCCAUGCGGAAACCACAUGCUUGGUCAUUGUAUAGUACGCGUAUCAUUAAGUAUGUUAAUCAAUAAAUGCUCACCUCGAGAAAAAAACAAAACAAUAUAUUUAUUAAUUUAAUUACAUUGCAGACUAGCAGAACAGAAUGGAAAUUAUGUAGUGGCAUCUGGUAUUAGUAUAUCUACUUCUGAAAACCCAAUUCAUGCUGUUUCUAUAACAUAUUCUCAAUGUCCUUCUAGUGUGAAGGUUAAAAGAAAAAUAUGUCUAAAUUUUAUUACUAAAAUAAUUUUUUUGUUUACUUUUUGUUCUGUAUAGAUUUUACCACAUGGUAUAUUUAAAUUACGCAUACUGGUCUCUGUAGAAUAUCUAGCUUUAAAAAAAUCAUCGGAGUUUAAUGGUGUAAAGCAAAAUUUAGAAAAAAAAUCAAUUGAAGUGAGUAUUAUUAAUUACUAACUAAACCCAGAUAUAAUCCAAUAAUUUUUACAUAAUGAUAAUGAAUUUAUUAUUAAUGAUAUUAUCAUACAGCCUUUGUGAAUUUCUUUAGUAACAAAUUUGUUUAUUGUUUUUUCGCCCACACAAUGAAUGUGCUAACUUAACCCAUUUUUUUCUAGUAUUUAAAAGCAGAAUUUUUAAAAAUUGCUUCAAAAAUUAAAAUCAGUACAUUUUUUAUUUUAUUUGGCUCUUAUUUCAUUUUAUUUCAUUUAGUCAAAAGAAAUUAUUUUAAAAAAAAAUUUACAAUUAUUCUGUUGAGAUUUAUGGGUGGAAUAUUAGAAUUCCAGCUUGAGGUGGACCUUGAUUCAAUCACUUUUAGUUUUUGUAUGAACAUUUCUGGAAAUAUAUGAACCUGUGUACAAUAAAAUAAGUAAUUUAUCACAAAUUAACAAUUCGUUUAUUUUUAAUGUUUAUUAUAAAUGUAUAGUAUGAUGUAUUAUAUUGAUUAAUUCAAAUUUGUAUGCACUAUUUUUAUUUAACUACAUUUGUAUAAUUUUAAGUCCAUAUUAAAACUACCAGAACACGAAAAUAUUGAAAAAAUACAUAUUAAUAUCUGGGAAAAGUUAUGGAGUACUGGAUUUUCAAUAAGUACAUCUAAAGCAAGUGAUGUUUUAAAUGGUGAUCUAAUCAAUGCCACUAUGUAUAAUGUUUUGUCAAGUGUUCGGUCCCCUACACAUGAAGUUCCUUCUUCUACUGAUGUACUUGCAAAAGUUUCCAGUAGCCUUUCAUAUGUUGAAGGUUGUUAUGGUGCUAACCAUGAUACUCUGUAUGUGUAUAUUUUAAUAUAACUACAAUAAAGAACAUGUUAUUAAGGUAUUUGUUAAUGUUAUUUUAGACAAGCUGUGGGGUUGUGGUCAAAUCUUUCUACAAUUGAUAAAGUUCACAGUACUGUAUCAUUGUGGAUUCUUACUUUGGAAAAACAAGUAUGUAAUAAUUAUUAAUAAAGUUGUAUUCCAAUUUACUGCUUUAAGGUAGGCCACUGAUGUAGGUUAGACCUGUAAGUCAGUUAUAAAUAAAAGGAUAACUUAGUUUAUAUCCUAUAUGCAAUAGUAAAAUUAUUACCAACAAAAAAAAAAUUAUAAAUAGAGUUUAAUUGAACAUUUUUUAAUAAAUAGCAUUUGAAAAAUGUGUUAAUAAUUUGUAACUAAAAAAAAAAAUUUAAAUAAUUUUUUAUUUCUGUUUUUAAUAAAUUUGAUCAAUUAUAUAAUUUAAAUAAUUGAUGGUUUAUACAAAUAUAAACAUAAAUUAUGAAAUUUAAAAAUACUGUUUUCAAAUAAUAAUACAUAACCAAGAGUAUUAUUAUAUUAGGCAUUUACAUUUUAUGACAAAAAAUAAGUCAUAAUCUAAUAAUACUUAUUACACAUGACUAGAAUUUUGAUUUAUAUUCUCAUAGAAAUUUUAAAAUUGCUUAUUCCCUUUCGGUUUAACAAUGAAACAUUUUUAAAAUUUUUUUUUGGAAAAACUUUUCUACCAGAAAUCCUUCUCGGUGUAACAAAAGUGAAACAUCAUUUUUGAGUUUUCUCAACAAUUAUGAAAAACUGAGGAAAAAAAUGGGGAAACCGGGAAUAUACAAUGCAUAAUACAAUUUACAAAUAUUUUUAAAAAAAAACAUACAAUGCCUAUAUAAUUAUUUUACUAUGGUAUGUCAUAUAUAUUUUUGACAAAGCAAUCAAUCUAACUCCUCUCAGAAUCGUUUUUUGUAAGCAUUGGUUUAUCAUUGCUUACAGAUAUACAUUAAAUUUUUUUUCUACUAGCUUUCCAACUUCUCACCUCCAACAGUGGCUGUACCCCAUAUCCAUAAUUUUUUUUGUUUUUACCACUUGUUUAGCUUAUAAUAAGGCUCCUGUUAAAUUUCUGUUUGGUCAAACACUUAUAUUCACAUAUUGCCUACAAAAUAAAAACUGUAAAACACUGGCAAACAUAAAAAAUUUCAGAUGUUUUGAACAUUUUAUUACCUCUAAAAUAGUGAAUUAUAAGUUUUCUGUUAAAAUUUCAAGUCCAUCUGAAUAUUUUAAACUGAAUAACAACACAAAAUAAUAAAAAUCAUCAUUUUUGUAAAUUACCCCCUUUCUUUCUAUGUUUUUCAGUUUUGCUCAAUUAUUAAAAACCUACAUUGAUAAUCAAAACCAACUUUCUUACUCAAUAACUAGUUAUGAAAUUCAAUAAAACCAGUAAUUUGUGGAAUGACAACCCAUAAAAUUAAAUAGAUAAAAUAGAUUUCUCUCUAUGCUCAGAAUCCAAAAAUCUAAAUAUAUAUGAAAGUGGUUUAUUUUUAAAAAAUAAUACAAUUUAAUAUUCAUCUUUGUGAAAGUAGUUUUCUUCAUUUACACAUAUAUAACUGUAAUUAGCUCUUAUUAUUUUUGAAUUAAGUUAAAAAUUUAGGUGCAUUUUUAGAAAAAAGUAGAAGUGAUAAAGUGUGAGGUUUGGUGAAAAGGGAAGGUGUUGAAGUAUAGCUAUUAUUUUGUUAUAAUUUAUUGAAUUUAAAUCGUACUAUGAGCUGAAUCAUUGUCACAGUGAAGAACCCAGCCAUUCUUCCAUGAUAAUAUUGAUUGACUGUUUGACCAUUUUGCUGAAUGUUUUGUCUAGUUUUGUCAACAUUCUCAUUGGUUAAAGACAUGGUAGGAUGAUCAUUAUCUUCAAUAUCUUCAACAAGUUGAACAACUGAAUUAAGCUACUUAAAACUUUAGGAUCAAAAAAAAAAAGUUCUGACAAUUACGAAUUCUACUAUUCAUACCCAUAAAUACAUAUUUUUUUUUUUUUAUAAAUAAAUUGUAUUUAUAUUUAACUACAUAUAGGUAUGUAUACAUUAAACAAAUUAACUUCAAACAAAUUUUAACCAUGGAUUUAAAAUAUUAAAGUAAUAAAUUAUAGUAAACUAAAUAUUAUUUUUAGUAUAAAAUAGUUAAUACCAUAUUAAAUAUAUAAAUAUUAUUUGGAUUAAUGCAAUUUCCUAGAAAAUGAAUACUGAUACAAAAUUUAAUUACAGCAUAUAAUAUCUAUUAUACAUUAUAAAUAAUUGAACACUAUUAAUUUACAACAGUUAUUUCAAUAAUAUUGUUAUAACUUAAUAAUUUAAAUAAUUUAUUUUGAAUAAAGCGUUUAAUUUUUAGGGAUGUAAUAAUUUGGUUAAAGCGGGUGCUUUAGGAAUAGCUCAAGCGAUGGUUUUAAGCUUUGGAAAUUUCCGAUUUAGUAAUCAACAUCUGGAAUUUAAUAUGCAUCCGAAAUUUUUGCACAGAGACUUUCAAUUCCGGUAUAGUAUAAAAUAUUAUAUUUAUACUAUACUAAAAUAAAUAUUUAUGAAUAUAACAUUUGAUUUCAUAAUUUAAUGAUUAAAUAAGUUUUAUGAAUAUUAACGAUUAUGGUUAAUAUUUGUAUAUGAAUAGACACAUCAAUUAUGGUAAUAAGACACAUAUAAAUGUAACAGUCACAGUCCAAGAAAAUAACAAGGCUGUUAUUUUUGUGGCUCUGGAUGCUAGUGAUAGAAAUUAUUAUGCAUGUGAUGGUGGUUGUUUAGAUGAACCUGUUUUAUUGGGGUGAAUAUAAUUGAAGAAGAAUGAUAUUUAUCUCUCAAAAGUAUACAGGUUUUUUUUUUUAAUUUCAGACAACAGUCUAAGAUGUUUCCUGUUAAGCUAACAGACCCUGUAACUGGGAUAUUAUAUUUGACCUCAGAUAAAAAACACAUGGAAGACUUAAAACAUGCAAUUCAUGUAAAAGAAGUUUUAGAAGGUAAUCAUUUAGUUGUGGUUUUUAUGUAGUAAUAUAUUGAUAGUAAUAUUAUUAAUACUGUUAAAAUUUGUUUAGCUCCUGCCCACGAACAUGAUGUAAUAGCACUUCACAGACAUGGUCAUCAUCUAGGAGGAUUACCAACAUUUUUUUGGGUUGCCAUUGGUUGUUUAAUUGUUGUGUUUCAUCUUUUCCUAGUUAAACUUAUAUAUACUGAAUAUUUCAAUUGGCAAGAUAAAUCAAGAAUAAAAUAUGGGAAAUUAUCAUAUAAGUAAACAUAAAUAUG